CUAUGACUACUAUGACACCAAACACCACCCUCAAGCUGUGUGGAAUCAUACCUGAAGAUGCCAAGGAUAUCAGACUGGGGCUGGGAUCCAACUGGAAAAACAUGGCAUUUUACAUGGAUGUGCGCUUCCCCACAAAAGACAUAGUCUUCAAUACCAGGGACAUGGGCAAGUGGGGACCGCCCGUAAUUGAACCAAACCCUUUCAACCCAGGUGGCACAUUUGAGGUCACUGUGGACUACACUGGGCACAACUUCAUCGUCCACAUCAAUGGCAAAGAAGUCACCCUCCCCAAUCGCUUGAACAUUCAUGCGACGUAUGCGAUCAUGGUGGGGGGGGAUCUGGAGAUCACCUGCUUCUGUGUGAAACCCACCCACUAGUCUGGCAGCCUGUGAGGUCGCAUGUCAUUUCUCCAUAGAUCCUUUACUCCGACCUGUCAAUAAUUUGACAAUUCCUUCUUCACAAGAUGACCCAAAUUACUGUUAUUCUCAAAAUUCUGAGGUGGAAGCAGCUACAUGUAAA